UCCCUCGUGGCCUCUCGCGGCGCCCGGGGGCGUGGGGCUCAGCUGGACACCCAGAGGAAGGUGAAGAGCUGAAUGUCGUCAUGUCUGGAAUCAAGCGAACAAUCAAGGAAACGGACCCUGAUUACGAGGAUAUAUCUGUGGCCCUUCCAAAUAAGCGGCAUAAAGCAUUGGAGAGUUCAGCUCGAGAUGCUGCUGUACUGAAGAUUGAGACUAUUAUCAAGGAACAGUUUGCCCUUGAAAUGAAGAAUAAGGAACAUGAAAUUGAAGUCAUAGACCAGCGACUGAUGGAGGCACGAAGGAUGAUGGAUAAGCUUCGUGCUUGCAUUGUGGCAAACUACUAUGCUUCUGCAGGCCUUCUAAAAGUUUCUGAGGGAUCAAAGACGUGCGACACCAUGGUUUUUAAUCAUCCUGCUAUCAAGAAGUUUUUUGAGUCACCGUCUAGAUCGUCAUCUCCUGCCAACCAGAGAUCAGAAACACCAUCAGCCAAUCAUUCAGAGAGUGACUCUUUAUCUCAGCACAAUGACUUCUUGUCUGACAAAGACAACAGUAGCAAUAUGGAUAUUGAGGAAAGGUUGCCAAACACCAUGGAGCAGAGACAAAGCCGAAAUCCUGGCAGGGAUACUAUCCGUACUACUGGCUCCCACAAAACAGAUCACCGGAAUGCGGAUCUUACAGGGGAUGAGACGUCCCGACUUUUUGUAAAGAAAACAAUAGUAGUGGGCAAUGUGUCUAAGUAUAUACCUCCAGAUAAAAGGGAAGAAAAUGACCAGUCAACCCACAAGUGGAUGGUGUAUGUCCGAGGGUCUCGUAGAGAACCCAGCAUUAAUCAUUUUGUCAAAAAAGUGUGGUUCUUCCUUCAUCCCAGCUAUAAACCAAAUGACCUUGUGGAAGUUAGAGAACCUCCUUUUCACCUGACCAGAAGAGGCUGGGGUGAGUUUCCUGUCAGAGUUCAAGUUCAUUUUAAGGACAGCCAGAACAAGAGGAUAGAUAUCAUACAUAAUCUGAAGCUGGAUAGGACGUACACUGGCUUGCAGACGCUGGGAGCAGAGACGGUGGUGGAUGUUGAGCUCCACCGGCACUCUCUUGGAGAAGACUACAUCUGCCCACAGCCCUCUGAAUCCGACGUCUCUGACGCGCCCCCGUCCUUGCCUUUAACCAUUCCAGCCCCGGUGAAAGCUUCCUCUCCCAUCAAGCGGUCACUCGAGCCCGUGCGCGGUUCCUCUGGGGAAAAGGGAUUAUUCCCAGCGAACCCCGAAGCGGAGAGACAGACGGCAUUUUAUUCUCUGCCCUCGUCAUUGGAGCGGACACCCACCAAAGUAACAGCCUUGCAGAAGGUCACCUUUUGUUCUCAUGGUAAUUCUGCUUUCCAGCCAAUAGCGUCAAGCUGCAAAACUGUGCCCCCAAGUCAGGUUCCUCACCCUGAGUCGCCGGGAAAGUCCUUCCAGCCCAUCACCAGGAGCUGCAAGAUUGUCUCAGGUUCCCCAAUAUCAACGCCAAGCCCAUCACCAUUACCUCGAACCCCAACUUCUACUCCAAUCCACGUGAAACAAGGCACUGGCAGCUCAGUUAUUAGUAAUCCUUAUGUUAUCAUGGACAAGCCCGGGCAGGUUAUUGGCAUCACCACUCCCAGUACAGGAAGCCCUACGUGCAAGCUCUCCACUGCCUCCCAGGCCUCCCAAGGAACGGGUUCCCCAAUUCCUAAAAUUCAUGGAAGUGGUUUUGUAACAUCUGCUGUCAAGCAGGAGGACUCUCUGUUUGCAUCUAUGCCCCCUCUUUGCCCGAUUGGAAGUCAUCCUAAGGUUCAAAGCCCCAAACCCGUCACUGGAGGACUGGGAGCUUUCACAAAGGUGAUCAUCAAGCAGGAACCUGGCGAAGCCCCCCAUGUGCCCACCUCAGGAGCUGCCAGCCAGGCACCACUCCCCCAGUACGUGACUGUGAAGGGGGGUCACAUGAUAGCUGUGUCUCCUCAAAAACAGGUCAUAACUGCUGGAGAAGGGUCUGCCCAGUCACCACAGAUCCAGCCCACCAAGGUUGUUGGGGUGCCGGUUGGGACUACUUUACCUUCAACAGUGAAACAGGCUGUGGCCAUCAGUGGAGGCCAAAUCCUUGUAGCCAAGGCCAGCUCUUCCGUUGCCAAAGCAGUUGGUCCAAAGCAAGUUGUGACCCAAGGAGUUGCCAAAGCCAUCGUGAGUGGAGGUGGAGGAACCAUCGUCGCUCAGCCAGUUCAGACCCUCACCAAGGCUCAGGUCACUACUGCGGGCCCUCAGAAGACUGGAGCCCAAGGCUCGGUGAUGGCAACACUGCAGCUACCAGCCACCAAUUUGGCUAACUUGGCAAAUUUGCCUCCUGGCACCAAACUCUACCUCACCACCAACAGCAAGAACCCUUCAGGAAAAGGCAAACUGCUGCUGAUCCCGCAAGGAGCCAUCCUGCGAGCCACCAACAGUGCAAAUCUCCAGUCGGGCUCGGCUGCUGGUGCUGGUGGUGCAGGCGGAGGCAGCAGCUCAGGUGGAGGCGGGGGGAGUGGCGGAACCCAGAGCACCACUGGCCCCGGAGGGCUAUCCCAGCACCUGACCUACACGUCUUACAUCCUGAAGCAGACGCCCCAGGGCACAUUUUUAGUUGGGCAGCCAUCACCACAGACAUCUGGAAAGCAGCUGGCUACUGGGUCAGUGGUCCAAGGGACGCUGGGUGUCAGCACGUCUUCUGCACAAGGACAACAGACGCUAAAAGUCAUCUCUGGACAGAAAACCACUUUGUUUACACAGACAGCCCCUGGGGGACAAGCAUCCCUGGUGAAAAUGUCCGACAGCUCCUUGAAGACGGUGCCAGCUACCUCACAACUCUCAAAGCCUGGAACCACAAUGCUGCGAGUCGCCGGGGGAGUCAUCACAACUGCCACUUCCACAGCUGUGGCCCUCUCGGCCAAUGGUCCUGCCCAGCAGUCUGCAGGGACAGCCCUCAGUUCACCAUCUGCGGGAGGCUCUCUCAUGAAGACUUCGGGGCAGCAACAAGUGAGUGUGAGCCAGGCAGCCAUGGGAACCUGCAAAGCUGCCCCCAGCGUCGUCAGUGCCGCGUCCUUGGUGUCCACAUCGGCCCCCAUCUCAGGAAAAGCCACAGUGUCCGGGUUGUUGAAGAUUCACUCCAGCCAGUCCAAUCCCCAGCAGGCCGUCCUGACAAUCCCCAGCCAGCUCAAACCACUCAGCGUCAACACGUCUGGAGGCGUGCAGACCAUCCUGAUGCCUGUGAACAAAGUGGUCCAGUCAUUCUCUGCCACCAAGUCACCUGCCAUUCUACCUGUGGCGGCCCCAAGUCCGGUUGUCCCCAGCUCUGCUCCAGCAACUGUUGCCAAAGUGAAGACCGAACCCGAAACACCUGGGCCAAGCUGCUUCCCUCAGGAGAGUCCGACAGCAGUGAAAACGGAAGAAAGUUCUGAGCUGGGAAACUAUAUCAUUAAGAUAGACCAUUUAGAAACCAUCCAGCAGCUCUUAACAGCAGUGGCGAAGAAGAUCCCGUUAAUCACAGCAAAAAGUGAAGACGCCAGCUGUUUCUCUGCAAAGUCCCUGGAGCAGUAUUACAGCUGGAACAUUGGGAAGAGGAGAGCGGCGGAGUGGCAGAGAGCAAUGACAAUACGAAAAGUCUUACAAGAAAUCCUGGAGCGGAACUCACGAUUUCACCACCUGACGCCCCUGAAAACGAAGCACGUUGCUCACUGGUGUCGCUGCCACGGCUACACGCCCCCUGACCCUGAGAGCCUGCGGAGCGACGGGGACACCAUCGAGGAUGUGCUGACGCGCAUUGACAGUGAGCCUGAGUGCCCGUCGUCGCUGUCCUCUGCUGACAGCCUCUGCCGGAAACUGGAGGAUCUGCAGCAGUUUCAGAAGCGGGAGCCCGAGACGGAGGAGGAGGUGGAUGUUCUCAACCUGUCCGAGCCGGUCAGGAGAAGCAUCAAGAAAGAGCAGGACGAGCAAGAGGAAGAAGUGAAGUUCUGCCUGCCACCCACGCCGGGCUCUGAGUUUAUCGGUGACAUCACACAGAAGAUCGGGAUCACGCUGCAGCCGGUGCUGCUGCACAGGAGCGUGUGUGCGUCCGUGGUGGAGGACAUGAUCGUCAAGGCCACGGAGCAGCUAGUGAACGACAUCCUGAGGCAGGCGCUGGCCAUCGGAUACCAGACAGCGUCGCACAACAGCAGGGUUCCCCGAGAGAUUACUGUGAGCGACAUCCACCAGGCCCUGUGCAGCAGCCCUUCCCUGGACUUCCUCACCAACAAGCACAUGGGGGUGCUGACCGAGGACCAGUGAGCGAGGUGCCACCAGGGUGGGGUGGGCGGGGACACGGCGAGCCUGUUUCGCUGCCUCCUACCACCAGAGCGCGCCUCCCGGGGGGCUGCCUUGAGGCUUGACAUUUGCUUCCUGGUUCUGGAGCACAGCUUGUGCUGUCUGUAACACGCCCCCACCCCCCAAGGGACCUCCAGGACAGACUGUGGUGACAGGAGCGUCCCUGGGCUGCAGGCUGGGGCUGCAGGUCCCCUCCACAGCAACCCUGGCACCUGGCCCGCAUUGACCCUGGCCAGCCUGCACCUUGGCCCACGGAGUGGCCGAGAGGAGAGGUGCCACCCAUGAACGGGCUCACAGGGUCCACCGAGGGUACUACAAGCUGAGCCGGGGCUCACUGCUGAGACCCCAAGCAGGAGGCUGGGCUGGUGCUGGUAGCAGACAAGGGCCGGGCUUCAGCUCUGCUGGGGUCGUUUGUGCUACAUGGGCUCGGCGCCCCGGUCUCCAUCAAGGGAUGUUUCAUAAGAAGAAAAGUGUUUAAAAGAAAUGCCUGUGAGUGCCUUAGAGGUAGAGGGGUGACUGCCCAGACCCGACACAGGGGCAUGGGUGCCCUCCUGCCCUGCCAACGGCGUCUGACAAGAAUCAAGCCUGGGUGCGCAUCUUGUUCCUCUGUUGAGAGCCGAGUGAUGUGAGUGAUGUGCUCGUGUGGCAUGGUUCAGCUUCCACGAGGCAGGAGGUGGCUGGGGGGGCACCACAGCUGAGGGCUGCAUGUGCAGAGGGUAGGGUUCAGCAGGACGUGAGGGUUUAGGAUGUAAAGACCCCCGACAGUCUGUGUCUGAACUGCCCCGAGCAAAAUAGGCCCAGCCAGCAAGUGCACCUUAGACGGGCUUAGAGGACGGGAGCCUGGAUUCCCCCUGCAGGCAGACUCCUGUAUUGCAGCUUUGACGACGACGAUGAAGUCCUAAGUAUCCAGUCAUUUAACAGCUCCUAUGUGUUUUUAAUGUUUCCAUUGUGCUGUAUCAUAACGUGUAACAUAACUGUGUAACCAAAUGUCUACAAUAAACCUUUUAAUAUA